CAUCUACUUAAGACGGCGCUCUCGAGAACCUAGCAAAGCCAACGAGGAGGACGACAACAUCAAGACUCGCUUGUUCAAAGAUGCUGAACUACAAGAACACGUCAACCACGACAGUGAAGGACUUCUUUAAUAGUUGCGGACGAAAGAAGAACAAGAAGAAAGAGGAUACUAGAAAUCGUCGCACUCAUCUCCCCAGCACGACCACGACCACAACAUCUUCUAAGAUGUUGAGCAACAACAAGAGGGCGUUUGUUUUCCUUUCGGCGUGUGCAGUGAAUCUUUUCAGUUGUUUGCGUGUCAUACGGGACCCGGAUCAAGAACCUCCACGAAAAGAUCAUGUUGUUGCUAGCACGCCCACAACUAGAGAACCAAGCUCCUACAUUGGGUGGUCAUUGAGUUCUGUGUCCGUCGCUUCGGGAUCAGGGGACUCUGCGAGAACACCAAUGCAUCACUCUGCAAGUGCACUGCAGGCAGGACCAGGGAGGACUAUUACUAUACCCCCACCAAUCUUGUGUCAUUCAAAUUAUGUUGGUUAUCAUGGAAGUACAACUGGUUCUGGUACUCAAUUACAUGGGGACCAUGUUGAUGAAAAUUAUGGGGUUGGUCUUGGUGGCAAUGAGCACUAUGGGAUUGGAGAGGAUUUUUCAGGAGCUGCAAAUAAACAACUACUCCAGUUGUUUAUGGUACAAGGAGGAGGCGCAGCAACUACAUCUUCAAAAGAUGAUGCCUACUUUUCCUUUUCACCGCAAAAGCUUUUACCGUACGCUGAUCCUGCUGUUGAACCGUUGUCACGUCUGGUAGAAGGGUUGAGCCUAGAAUCUUCGCCCAAAGUUGUCCACCAUCUCGAAUCGAUAGAACAGAUUUUGCCAACUCC